CUCUUCGUUAGUGCUCUACUAACAUAAAGAUUCGUUUUCAUGCAAAUAGUUAGGCAUGAUUAAGGGAACUAGAAAAGGUACAACACUAGAGAUUUUAAUCAUCCGAGUUCAUUUAAAAUUAAGAAAUUGUUGCGCACAAUCGGCUCUACCUUCACAUAAUAAGAAUUCUGGAUCUCUUAAGAAAAAGAACACAAGAAUUCUGGUGAGGCUGUCUGCUCGCAUAGUGUUAGUUAAAGCCAGAUAAACCAGAAAGUUCAAACAUGACUGACGUCCAUGUUUCCAGGAAAAUGGUAGCAGAACCUGUUAACGUCAAUGAAUUCCGAGAAUUAGCAAGGCGAGCCCUUCCAAAAAUGUACUAUGAUUUCUACAAUGGAGGAGCAGAGGACCAAUACACCUUAAAAGAGAAUGAGGAAGCGUUCGCCAAAAUCGUUAUUCUGCCUAGAAUUCUUCGAGAUGUGAGCGGCAUUAAUUUAUCAACUACAGUAUUGGGUUACAAUAUCUCAAUGCCAGUUAUGAUUGCCCCAACUUCUAUGCAUAAGCUGGCAAACCCUGCAGGAGAGAUUGCAACGGCCAGAGCAGCAUCUGCCUGUAAAACAAUAAUGGUUUUAUCCAACUCAUCUACCUGCACAUUGGAGGAAGUAGCUGCCUGCUGCAAUGCUGUUCGCUUCUUCCAAUUAUAUGUGUAUAAGAGACGGGAUAUAUCAGCUAAGCUGGUGCAGAGAGCUGAAAUUAAUGGAUAUAAGGCUAUUGUCCUAACUGCUGAUAGUCCAAGAAUUGGUCGAAGGGAGGCAGACAUUAAGAAUAAAAUCGUUGUACCGCAGCCGAAGAACCUGGAGGGUCUAUUAUCAACUAAAUUUGUUUCUGAUAGAGGUUCGGGUGUAGAAGCUCUGGCCAAUGGGACUAAUGAUCCUUCUUUCUGUUGGGAGGACAUCCCAUGGUUGAAAUCUAUUACAAACUUGCCAAUUCUGAUCAAAGGAGUGCUCACUCAUGAAGAUGCAAUAAAGGCUCUGGAAGUAGGUGUUGCUGGGAUUAUUGUCUCCAAUCAUGGAGCUCGUCAGCUAGAUUAUUCUCCUGCCACUAUUUCUGUUCUGGAAGAGGUAGUUCAUGCUGUUGGAGGAAAAGUUCCUGUUUUCCUUGAUGGAGGAGUGCGGCGAGGAACAGAUAUUUUCAAGGCAGUGGCCCUGGGUGCACAAGCUGUCUUAGUUGGAAGGCCAGUUCUCUAUGGACUUGCAGCGAAAGGAGAAUAUGGAGUCAGACAAGUCCUUGAAAUGCUCAUGGAUGAGCUUGAACUAACUAUGGCCCUCUCUGGUUGUUCCAGUGUGAAAGAAAUUACUAGGAGCCAUGUCAGGACCAAACAUGAGCAGCUCCUCUCAAUGCUUUAAUAUUUAUCCAGAAGAAACAAAUUUCCAGGAGAUGGAUUAUGUCAGUAAUUUAUUUGGUAUCAAAUAAGUGGAAGCCUUCCCUUAACAAGGCUGUUACUAAGAAUGACUCGUACUAGUGUAGUUUCCACUUUCCAGUAGUGAAAGGAUGUUUGCUGACUUUACACCUA